UUUGACCUAAUUUCAUUUUGGAAACGCGAGUCAUAAAACUUUAUGUCGAAACAAUGAGUUUCAUAAUCGUAAACAACCGUUAUUCGACCUGGAAGCCCUUUAAAAUAAGCGGACACACCUAUACCGGGCCAUCAAUAAAAUAUCGAGAGAGGCACCUGCGCUCAAAUAAAUAAAUUACCAAGAAGCAUCGGCGGCUCGACAAAAUAGCGCGCGUCAUACGGUACGUGUUUUAUGGUACGACGCAUAGAGAAAGUAACGGUAACUGUGGACGCGACCUUCCCACCCGGUGUCCGCGUGCCGACUGACAGAUGAGCGCGGUUUAACCUCUGAUAAUAAGAGGGAGGGGGACGACGAUAGAUCACGACGGGUGAGCGAGAAGGACAGCGAACGUGUCUUCUUCGGUGAUCGUGAAGUGCAAGAUGAGUGUACAGUCACACACGGGCCACAUCCGAGUGAGCCUCGGGGACGGUUUGAAAAACGAAUCGGGUGACUCGCGUUGCGCGUACGCACGGACGCGCGCGCUCCAAUUUUGAAUUCGCGCGAUUUAUAUCGGACAUUUUUUUUGCUAAUAAUUAUAGAAAUAGUACAAUUACAUUUCUGUGUUCCGGUAAUUGUGCGUAAAACUAGUGUGAGUGAAAACAUGAUAUGAUAUAAAACAGUUGAGUGAAAAACGAUCAAACUUUUUUUAUGAAAACAUCGGAGUUGGUGUUGUUACCAGAUUUUCCAAACUUCACGAUGAAUCAGCAAUGUAAAGUCUGUGGGGAGCCUGCAGCCGGUUUUCACUUCGGCGCUUUCACGUGCGAAGGUUGCAAGUCGUUCUUCGGGCGGACGUACAAUAACCUGUCCUCGAUUUCUGAAUGCAAGAACAAUGGCGAAUGUGUCAUCAAUAAGAAAAACAGGACGGCUUGCAAGGCAUGCAGGCUACGGAAAUGUUUGCUAGUCGGCAUGUCCAAAUCAGGCUCAAGAUACGGGAGAAGAUCAAACUGGUUUAAAAUACACUGCCUUUUACAAGAACAACAACAACAACAUAUGCAACAAAUGCAAACAAGUAAAUCGCCACCCACGUUCAAUACAUCGAUAAGUCCAUCUUUUCUACCAAGUAACCUUUUGCCAGCAGCGGCUCUUGCGGAAUAUUAUAAAAACUCAGAGAAAAAUGCAUACACUGAAGAAGUAACGAGGCAAAGUGUGUCUCCAUCUGAUUCUGGUGCAUCAUCAGCCGAUCCAGAGGAUGAUAAUAGCUCUAGGAGUACUAGUGGCUUAAGCAUUUUUAGACCAGCAUCGUCACCCAGUAGUGAAAAAGAUAUACGAUUACACGCAAUUAGACAUCAAAAUAAAGACGUAAGAAGAAAAAGGCCACCCACUAUAAUACCAUCAGCAUUUGGCACUAUCACAGCUUCGCCAAGUUUUGCUCCAAGGAAUGGUCCAUUUUUACCAACACCAAUGCAAAACAUGAGACCUAUACCGUCAGGACUCGCUUGGCCGAAUCGCAACGGGGGAGACUUGCUGCUACAUUCACCAGCAGUUGCAGGCGUUGCAAUUGAACAAGACCAACCUAUAGAUCUAUCUAUAAAGUCAACUGCUGUACUAUUCAGGAGUCCGAAAAACGAAGAAGUUAGUGAUUCAGAACCGGAGCUCAGCAUCGAUCUAAAUGAUGACAAUGGCAAGGAUAUUAUGAAAAAUCCUCUAGAUCUGAGUCUUGUUUCGAAAAGAGUAGAAGAAGUUCCCAUGACUGGUUAAAAGAAUUCUUACACUAGUAUUAAAUACGUGAUUCUUCACAGCCAUGUAUUUCGGAUUGCUAUUAAUAUGUAAAUACGUAAUUUGGUUAUUAUUCCUAAUUAGAUAAAAGUUUCAUUACUUCUAUUUUGUUUAAAAUACUCCGCCGUACAGUAUUUAAGUGAUUCUUACAUUCCUUCUUUUUAGAUUACCUGAUCUUGCUACCAUAAUGUUGAAGUUGUUUUUAUAUUUAGUUAUGUAGAUAGUAGAUAAUUAUAUUAUUUGAACGAAGUUGUAAUUGCGAGUGAUAUAAGAACGUGUCAUAAUUUAAAGUGAGGAGUUGAUGUCUAUCUUGAUAACAUAUAUAUUUUAUACAAAUCCGUCCAUUUAAACUGAUAUAUAAAAACAUACAUAAUACAUCUUUUAUACUUAACCUUAUAAGAUAACUAUUAAUAUUUAAAUCCGUGCAUUAUAAGUUACGUUUUCAUAAGUUUUUACUACAUCCGAGUGGUUCAGAAAAAUUGAAUUAUAUUCUAACAUAAUUAUUAAUGAUAGCAUCAUUUCUCGCUGACAUUCCUUUUAGAAAAAUAUAUAUUUGUGCCAGUCUUCUAAACAAUGCCAGUUUUAAGUAUAUUACCAUUUUAGUUUAAUUUAAUGGGAUUACGGCCAGUCGAUUAUGAAGCUCAAAAUUUAAAUGUACAAAUAAUUAAGAGAACAAUUGUAUGAUAUUAGAUGAUUUGCUGAAACAGAAAUUAUCUAAGUAUUUAUUUUAGUUAGGCCAGUUAAUUGAGUCAUUUUAGUUUAAGUUAUAAUAAUUUUCUAUUUCAUAAUUUAUAUUGGUAGAUAGUUCAUUUUGUGUUUGUCCCGUGUUAUGUAUUUCGUUGUUUGUUUGUAGAUUUAUAUAAAUGUACAUUUAUUUCGUGAUGAUGCUUCGGAAUGGGCGUUAUCGUUUGGACCGUCAUUUGUUUACCCUUUCUCCUUUUAUUUAAACUCAAUUACUAACUUAUGAUUUUAAUAUUUCGAUUUGUUGAUUACGUAUCGUUUCAAUGGCCAUUAUGUAGCGUAGACAUCAUUAAUGUUAUUGAAUAUAUUUUAUGCCAUACGUCGAAUUUCAUACGAGAAUUUGAUGAAUUAUUUGUUUCUAUGACAAUUAGAUAUUAGCUCAAAUUUAGUAAUAUGAAUGUGAAUUCCUAUGAACUCUUAAAUAUGUAUAUAAGUUAUAUAGUUAUUUGUUAUCAGUGUGAUACAAUAUUUUUAUCGACGUGUUUAUAUUUUUUUACGUUUAUAAAAUCUUAAUAUAUUUGAAAGAAUAAAUUGUGAGUGCCUUUAAA